AUGCCUCGUGCUCCAAAGCGACGGUGCUACAUGCUUGAGGAAGGCCAUCAGGCCCAAACUGUUCCCAUGGCUGUGCAAGAAGAUGCUUCCUCAUCCUCCUCCACCUGCUCCUCCCCUUCGUUUUUCUCUCCUCUGAUCUCGAACUCCCCAGAGGAGCUUUAUGCUCUUCCUGAGACCCUGAGUCCUUCACAGAGCCCUUCGAGUGCCUCCUCCUCCCCGUCCCCUACUGCUGUUGUCCCUACUCCAUUGAGCCAAUCCAACGAUGGCUCCAGCAGCCCAAAAGAGGAGGGUCCGAGCACCUCGCAGGCCCUGCCAGAUGCUGAGUCCUUUCCCAGAAAUGCGAUUUGUGACAAGGUGGGUGAUCUGGUGGAGUUUCUGCUCUUCAAGUAUCGCACCAAGGAGACGACCUCAGAGGCAGAAAUGCUGAAUACCGUCAUCAAAGAUUACCAGGACCACUUCCCUGUGAUCUUCAGUGAAUCCUUGGAGUGCAUGCAGCUGAUCUUUGGUAUUGAUGUGAAGGAAGUGGACCCCAGCGACCAUUCCUAUGUCCUGGUCCCCACCCUGGGCCUCACCUAUGAUGGGAUGCUGAAUGACGGGCAGAGCAUGCCCAAGACCGGCCUCCUGAUAUUUAUCCUGAGUAUGAUCUUUAUGAACGGCCACUGUGUCCCUGAGAAGGAGGUGUGGGAAUCGCUGAAUGUGAUGGGGGUGUGUGCCGGGAGGGAGCACUUUAUCUAUGGGGAGCCCAGGGAGCUCCUCACCAAAGUAUGGGUGCAGGAGCAGUACCUGGAGUACCGACAGGUGCCUAACAGUGAUCCUGCAUGCUAUGAAUUUCUUUGGGGUCCCCGGGCCCAUGCGGAGAUCAGCAAGAUGAGUCUUCUGGAGUUUUUGGCCAAGGUCAAUGGAAGUGAUCCUAGAUCCUUCCCUCUGUGGUAUGAAGAGGCUUUGAGUCAUCAGGAAGAGUGA